CCCAAAGUGCCAAGCCCUUACCCCAGCCCAGUCCGCCAGCAACAACAAAAAACAACUCCCCAAAGGGUACACUACACACGCAAGCUACCCUGCACACACACACACCCUCUGCAUCAGCACUUGCAUAAUACUCUCUCCUCCCUCCCACCCCCUCUUCUUCUACCCUGUCCAUUACCCAGCAGCUCCCCCUUCCCCUCCCUCUGUUUUCAAAUCCCCCCUCUCUCUCAAAAACACUUCCCCCGGCGCUAUUCACGCAAUCCCCCCAAAAAUCAAGAAAAAACCACCACACCCCAACACCCAGCCCUAGCGUCGCCAACCCUUUGCCAACCCCCAGCGCCAUUGCCAGCAAUCACCCGCCCCUUACCCACUCCACUAACUUUUCCCCUUAGCAAAACCACGCACACCCAGCCUGCCAACGUGUUUUGUGUACACACACACAUAAACGCGGGUAAUGAUGACAUGGGGGGUGUCUUUACUCCAACCCCCCUCCCCCCCGAUCGGCGAUUUGCCCUAGCCUUCUACACUACAGCGUAUACGUACUAA